AUGGAAUGGCGUUUGCAGCUUUGUUCGCAUGAGUACAACUGGACAUCCAUCAUAAUUCCCCCCGGAUCUACCAAUCGCACUCACUCGCAUCGACGACAAAACCUCACCACCCUCCUCCGCUCGCUCCCCUCGCUCCCCGCCCCAGAGCCGGGUCAGAGCCCAGCCCAGCCCAGCGAGUCCACAUGUAAUUACGCCCGCGAUAAAAACAAACGCCGCAUGACUUGGAUGGAUUAUGGUGGUGGGGCUCUGACCGACGCCCCCGAUCCGAGCGAGCAAGCAAUCGAGCGACCGAGCGACCGAGCAAGCGAGCGAGCCGAGCAUGAAUGA